GUAACAGCACGUCCUUGCUGUCGUCUCUUAGAGACUCUUUUCUCACCACAAUAAGAACAUCUUUAAAAACCUUUUUACGUAUUUUAUCAAACUGCAGCCAUGAAAGUAAAAGAUAAAGAAAACCAUGUGGCUACACCAUCCUGCCAACACAUAUCAUGGCUGCAGAGGUUCACAAUGGAAUUCAUGGCCGUUGUUUUCCAGCCACUCGACAUCGCUGUCGGAAUAUACAUGAUUUUCUUCUUGAUAAUUGGCCUCUCUCUUCUCGAGUCGAUUGUGUUUUCUUUAUAUUUGCCAAACUGUGAGGUAUUGAUGAGAUUUGAAGGAGUAUUUUUUUUGGUUGUGCCGACAUGUCUCGUUUUUAAUAUGGCCACACAUGUGGUUCUCUUUGAGAAGUUCAUUAGUUGGAUACUCAGAAACCUCCCCGACAUAAAAUGGGAAGAGGACACAAGAACUAUAUUUCUGGAGAAGGACAUGGCUACGGUUGACUUGGAUGCGAUAAUAUAUCGAUUCGCAUGGCAAAAACUACUCAGCCAAUCCCCAAAGAAUUUGAGGGAUUACCUUAUCAUGCAGAAGAACUUCUUCAGUUUCGAUGUGGACUGGAAGGCCCUAAACUUCGACCACAAGGUCACCAAGUUCGGUCCCAAGGUGAAGGACGAUACUUCUAUUAAAACCUUCAUGGGAGAAAAGAAAACAGGCGCACAAUGGGUGUCACUGUUGUCGUGUUACUAUGACAACCGAGCCGAUACUAAACAAAGUCACACGUUUAAAGGAUCACGUGACACGAUGUCCUGGGUUAAUGUGGACCUUGACCAGUAUUACACGGUGGACCAAACGGUGCGAGUGAGAUUAAGCCUCCCUGAAACCGCUCAUUUUAAAAUAAACAACAACAAUAUCCUGAACCUAUUUAAGGACAGAGGCCAGAUUUUCAAGAAGAACGACACCUGGAAAACAAAGUCACAGGUUGAAGUUGAGCCAUCGUCUCGAGCCCAUGCUCAGCUGUUAGUAAGACGAGAGUGCUCUGUCGUAGAGUUUGAGAUUCGAACCACUUUGUCCAACCCUAAAGGAUUUGUCCGCGUUGACUUUAAGUUUAGGUGUUACGAUUUCUCUAUGACCAUAGAGAUUGAAAACUUACAUGAGGCUUUUCAGCUUGUUGAAGAUGGAGGAGUUCUUACACCCGAAGAAAAGGCAUGUGUUGAGGUGGUUGAGGAGAGGUGGCUGGACAAAGAUGGCGUGGAGCAUGUGACCUACCACCCCCAGAUCAUCACCCGGGGCACGUGUGUCUGUCUCAGUUGGACUGACCAGAAAGUGGACAUCAAGACCAGUCCAUUGUCAAUGGAUGAGUCCACUUCUGAUGUGGCCGACGUGGUCGUGAGUCACUCUGAAGAGAACGCAAGCGAUAAAGCAUUUGUCUUUGUUGAUAAGAACUGCUCAUCACAAGAGCCAUAAUAUAAUAUGGCGGUACAAAUGCUUGUCUGAUAUCCUUCUUACGUAUUUUUUAAAAGAUUAAAAAAAAUUACCAUCAAUAAAAACAAGCAAUUCAAUUUAUACAUUUUGUGUAUACUGAACGAGUAACAACCCGUCAUCCACAGCUGUAAAGGGCUGAAACAGGAAAUAUUAAUAAAAAGAUAAUGUCAAGGUACCAUCAAUAAAGUUACAAAAUAAAUGCAUUGUCAAAUAUUUUCCAAAUGCAAAGAUAUAUACAAAGAUAUUGAAUUAAAGAGAAAAAAUUAUUGCUGAAAUCAACUG